AAAAAUGACAUCUUUGGUUUCAUUUAUUCAAAUACGUGCGUUACUUCGAGCAUACGUUUAACGCGGUGAAAUAAUUUUUGGGCCAAUGUCGAUGAAAUUUUACGUUAUUUUCCUAAUUUUAUCGAGUGUGACUUACACAAACGGACGCAUACGUGACUGUGAAAGUAAACCAGGUGGCUAUGAAACUAAACUCAAAUGUUAUUUAUUUUCCAACUUCGACUUACUUUCACCUCCACCACAUGCGCAAUCUUCUAGUUCGACCAUAGCAGAUAUGGUUAUGACGUACGUUGAUUUGAAUAUCGAAGAUGGAGUACUUAUAUUUAUUGGUAGUAUAUUUAUGCAAUGGAAUGAUGAACGAACAGUCUGGGACAGCAAGAAAUUUGGAGAUGUUCUUGAUCUAGAAGAUAUUAAAGCUGAUUUACUAUGGAGGCCGAGUUUAACAUUGAACAAUAAUUUGUUUGUAGACUCCAGGUACAACAAUUCUUUCGGGGCUGGCCAUUUGCAAAUUGGUUCAGAUGGCAUCUUGCAUUGGACGUCGUCAAUGAAUUUACAAACAAGGUGCGCAAUAAGCUCUAAUAGUUGGCCAUGGGAUCCUCAAAAGUGCAUCCUCAAUUUCACAAUCGAUACGCCAGAUAUUUAUGUCACUUUCUCCGAGCUCGUGCACAAUUUACCUGGAGUGCCAUCGUUAUGGAGUAUUGCUGGUGUCAAAAAAGAAAUGGGUUUUCCCCACGUAAUAUUUGAGCUGACCUUAAAAAUGGAAAGUCGUACCUUGCAAAUUGCAUCGUGUUUGACACUUAUAGCUGUUAGUUUGGUGCUUCUUCCGUCGUUUUUGAUAUCGCCAGUAAGCAGGAUCAAACUGGCAUCGAAAGUAUUAUCUCUGCUAAUGCUCGUCAUUUCCCUGGUCAUUUUGAUGAAUUUAAUUCCAAAUUUCACCGCAAUAGCUCCUAAUUUCUUGAUUGCAUUUGGCACGAUAUUUUCAAUGGUGGGAAUAUCCAGCUGUAUCACUGCCUUCCUACUAAGAUUAGCUAGGAAAUCACACACAUAUCAUCCAUCGUUGAUCACGGAAGUUGGAAAUUCGAAAGAAAACAAACGUGAAAAUGCAGCGAUGAAAAUGGCAUCGUUUGAAGACAGUACACCCUUUGACGACAAAUGCUCUAUUGAAGAAUCACUAUCACAAAAAUCUGAAAACGAAUGGUUGAGAACUGCUCUAGUUAUCGAGACCUACCAUCGGUACGUACAAUACAAAUAUCGAAGACACACCAUCGCAUCAGCGUAUCGAAGUGAAGGGAUGUAUUUUUCCAAAGGCAGGCGGUAACAUAGGCAACUCUUUUGGCAGAUUCAAAACAUUGAUGGGACCUACCAUAGAAAUAUCGAAGACAAUGGCAUCACACCAGCUUAGGUACCUAUAUCGAAAAAAAGGGACGUUUUUUUCCAAGGGCAACCGGUAACAUAUAGGCAACUCUGGGCAGAUUCAAAAAACGUUGAUGGAAAAUUCAUCGUUAAGGAGACAGGCGUACGUUACUUCGAGCAUAAGUUCAACACGGUGAAAUAAUUGUUGGCCCAAUGUCGGUGAAAUUUUACGUAAUUUUUAACAUUUUACUGAGUGUGACUGUGACUUACACAAACGGACGCAUGCGUGACUGUGAAAGUAAACCAGGCAGCCUUGAAUCCGAAUUCAAAUGUUAUAUAUUUUCGAACUUCGACAUGCGGUCACCUCCUCCUCAUGCUCUGUUGCCUAUUUAUGGUUUUGCACAUAUCGAUGUGGUGUACGUUGAUUUGCAGUGGGAAGAUCAACGAACACGCUGGAACAAUGAGAACUUUAUAGUUCUAAAAGAUAUUAAGGCUGAUUCAGUGUGGAAGCCGAGUUUUACAUCGAACGAAAAAUUUCAGUAAUUUGUUUUUAGACGAGAGGUACUACAACAAUUCUUUCGGGGCUGGCCGCUUGAACAUUAUGUCAGAUGGUGACUUGCGAUGGAUGUCGUCAGUGGAUUUACUCACAAGGUGUAAAAUAA